GGGCACAGCUGCGGUGAGUCGGCCGGUGCGGCGGCGGCGGCGGCGGCGGCGGGGCCGCGGGCCGAGUACGGUUAGUAUCGCAGCCGGUGGGAUCGUAGGUGGGUGCGUGCGGCGCGUGGUGAAGGGGGACACGACGCGCCCGUCAGUGUUGAUUGGACCGUCGUGGUAGACAGUGGGCGCGUGUCCUGUGAGAGCAGUGCUGUGUGACUGUGAUUGUGAUCGGGGUGUUUUGGUGGAGCGGUGGACGACAGACACACGCCAAGGUGACACAGGUGUGCCACGGAGCACGGUGCCGAGAUACGCUGCCGCACCGGCCGCGCGCCGACAGAAGUGUGACCUUGACCUGUCUCGGCGGCCAGAACUGAGUCUCGCCUGCGUUCAGUCAUCGUACGUGACAUGACCUAAUCGCCGGUCUCUCCGAUAACAUGGGCGACUCGAGUGAGCUGAGUUCGGUGCCGGGCCCGGCCGCCGAGCUCCCGGAGGCAUGGGAGGAGGAUUUGGAGGCGAAUAUUGCCAAGCAUCGCGAGCGUGCCGAGCAGCUGAAGGCGCAGCUCAACAAGGAGAACGCCUACGUCCAGUCGCUGGAGAGGCUUCUGGCCGACGCCAAGAAGAGGAAGGCCAGCCGCGAUGAGACGGUGGACUUUGCGGACAGCCCUGUGACGGCCGAGUCGCAGAUGACUCUGGACUCUGAGUCGGCUUCGGAUAGUGACUCGAGAGACUCUGACCCGGUCUCGCCGACUGAAUCGACCGACGGUAAGCCGCCGGCGGAGACUAACAAACCUGGCUUCGUGACGGUAAUUUCCGUGACGGCGGCUGUUACAGAGCAGCGUCGUGACGUGGCUCCUUCCGCGCCCGCCGCCGAGGAGUCCCCACAACCGGAACCGGACACAGCCGAGGACAGCGAACUGCCUACUAAUGACAAACCCGAGUCAAAGUCACCUGAAGCCCAUACGCCUGAAGCUGCAGCACCGGAGUCUGUAGCCUCAGAUCCGUCUCCGCCGGAGGCUGACGCCGUGGACGACUCGUCCCUCAUCCGUAAGAAGGUGCCGCCCAAGCCUCCGCCCAAGACUUUCCGUCCCCGGCCCCGCUCCUUCCAGCCGGAGCCACCGUCUGUUCCUCGGGUCGCCAAAUCUCAGAGCUUCGGCUCCGGACCGGCGCGGCCAGAGUUGAUUGUUGAGAAGCCUGAGAGGAAGAGUCACACGGCUCCAGGCGUGCCCAAGUACUGGCGCACGGCAUCUCUGGCUGAGGCGCUGGAGGCUGUGGAAGGACCCGAGACACCAUCACCGACCACGGAGAAGCCGUCACCAACCACGGAGAGGCCGAGCUUGCUUCAGAAGCUGCGGGAGGAUCCUGAGACGUCCGCAGAGCCGCCAGCGCCGGCGGCAGGGGAUGGGGUCGACUCUCCACCCUCGGCGUCGGCGGGGGCGGCGGCGCGAGAGGAUGACGGCACAGACAUUGACGCCGUGCCCGAUGACGGGUACGGCAGCAAGGACCGGCCGACCCGUUCGAGCGACCGACGGCAGCGAGUGCCGCGGCGCAUCGAGCCGCCCGUGGUGCCCGUGCAAAAGUCGUUCUCGCGCGAUAGUAUCGGCGUGCAGAAAUCACACUCGCGAGAGAGUUUGGACCGCUUUGUGUCGACCAAGGACAAUCUGGGCAAGUUCUCGUCUCGUGAGAGCCUCACCAACUUCCCCUCGAGGGAAAACCUGGGCAAGUAUGCGUCCAAGGAGAGCCUCAAAGACUCGGGCACAUCCAGUCCGAGGAACGCCAGUCCCAAGUUCUUCGAGACGAAGAUCAGCAGGUCUGCGUCUCAGAGCUCGUCGGGAUCGCUGCCCGCCGCUAGCACACCGCACCGGGAUUACAUGGAGGGUAUUGAGGAGCCGCUGUAUGACACGGUAGCUCCCGAUCCUGACGGAGAUGCUGAUGCCGAUGCUGAUGCUGAACCGGACCUCAGCUCGGCCUCCGAGUAUAACGGAGACACGUUCAAGUCUGCCAGCUCUGGCGAGUUAGAGCUGAAGUCGGCUGCCAACGACACGAUGCGUUCGGAGAUGUCCCUGCGCUCGCAGGUGUCGCAAACGUCGGUGGCGUCGGCGGCGUCUCUGGCGUCGGUGGGCAGCGUCGAGAGCGGCAGGGGCGAGGGCAAGUCAGCGCGCUUCCAGCCGGCCGGCCGGCCGCCCAACUAUGUCAACAUCGACUUCUUCAUCAAACGGAAGACCCGUGAGAAGACUCGCGAGUCGUCGGGCGGCGACUCGGACGAAGAUGUGGUGCCCCUGCUACGCACCAUCUCUGUCGACGACACCCCUGAGCGUGAGCUCGACCCGCGGGCUCGCACCAACAGCAUCGAUCCAGACGAGGUGUUCACGGCCAGCUCAGGUGUUUAUAGGAGCCCGUCGGACAGUCCCUCUGCGCCGCCGCUACCGUCGCCGUCACGGCGAGAGUCGAACGUCGGUCAGGGACAGUCGGAGAGUCAGAGGAUCAGCACGUACAGGCGGGUGGUGAAGAACGUGCUGGACUCGGAAACCAUGUACGUCGAGUGCCUCAACGUCACAACGCAGUAUAUGAAGGUGCUGAAUGCGACGAUUGGCACAUCGCGGCCGGUCAUAUCCCAGGACGACUUCAACUCCAUCUUCUUCAAGAUCCCCGAGCUGUACAAACUCCAUUCGGACUUCCUGGAUGGUCUCAGGGCGGCCACGACCAACUGGGACGGAUACGCACCCAUUGGACCACGGUUCAAACAACUGGCGGAGAACAUGGGUGUGUACGGCGCCUACCUCCAAAACUACCAGCACGCACUGGAGACGGUGCGCCGGUGUUCGGCCAACAGUGCCGAGUUUGCCGAGAUCACGCGCUGCAUCAAACUGCGCUCGCUGCAGGGACAGACGCCCUCGCUCGAGGAGCUGUUGCACAAACCAGUGGCGCGCGUACAGCAGAAUGCGCCCGUGCUACAUGAUUUGCUCAAAUACCUGCCGCCCAGCCAUCCGGACCACCGCACCAUGGGGCUGGCGCACGCGCUCACUAUGACUCAGUCGUUCAUCAGCAAGUACAACGUGGCCGCCUCCAACCAGCCGCGUGCUGACAGGAUGCAGCGACACGUGGUCAAAAACUCCUUCAUCGUCGAGCUGGUGGAUAAUCACAGGAAGCUGCGACACCUGUUUCUGUUCAAUGAUGUCAUAGUGUGCGCGAAGUAUAAGGCGUCGGGCCGGGGCGACAAAUUCACAUUCGAAGUCAAGUGGCUGAUCCCGCUGGCGGAAAUAGUGUGCAGCUGUGACGACCUUCCGGCCGACCCGCGCGCCGACCCGGCCGGCAACUCCAGCCUUGUGACGCUGAAGUCACAGGCCAGCACCGUGAGGGACCAGAUCCGGGCACAGGAGCGCUACUACGGCCUCCAGGGGAAGCGGUCCGACCAGAAGACGGAGAAGCAGCGGAAGAAGCUGGCAGAGCUGGAGUCGCAGCUGGUGACGGCCUCGCCGAACCUGCCGUUCCGCGUCUACAGCAGGAACGGCAAGCAGAACGCGCUCUUCUUCCUCUCCUCGGACUUUGACCGCACCCAGUGGCAGGAGGCCAUCCACGUCCUGCAGACGAACACUCCGCCGAGUCUGCAGGCGCAGCCAGUGUCGUUUGACGAGGUUCAGUCGUGGAUCACGACAUGCAGGAAGGACCUGCAGACCAACAUGGGCUCGUACCUGAUGCGAACCGGGAGGGAUGAAUCCCUUCUGGUGGGCGAUCUGCACAUCAAGGUGCAGCAGCUGAGCGGGCUCGCGGAGGAGGCAGAUAUGUUCAUCUGCUUCGAGAUCGACUCGUACGGCCACUUCUUCCGCAAGGCCAAGACGAAGCCGAUGCGCGGCAUAGCACCGCAGUGGAACGAGGACUUUAUUCUGGAGCUGGAUGGAUCUCACAGCCUGCGGAUUCUCUGCUACGAAAACUGCCCGAGGGACGGACCCGUUCUGCGAGGGAGAUCCCGAACAGAGCUGAGCCGGACCUGGCUGACGACCAGUAUGCAGGAGCGGACCAUCAGUCUGGAGGGCCUCAGCCUCACCGUCUCCGUCAAAUACGCCUCCUACGAGAUGACCAAGCGGCGGCCGCCGGCUGGGAAGAGCAACCGGCUCUUCGGCAGCAAAAUCCAGGACGUGUGCAGACGGGAGGACCGCUCUGUGCCGUUCAUCAUCACCAGCUGUCUGCGGGAGGUGGAGCGGCGCGGCACCAACGAAACGGGCGUCUAUCGGGUCUCCGGGUCGGCCACCGACAUCAACCGGCUCAAAAAGCUGUAUGAGACCAACAUCUACGAGGCCGAGCAGCUGAUCAAAGAGGUGGACAUCCACUCGGUGACCGGACUGCUGAAGCUCUACCUGCGCGAGCUCCCAGAGGCGCUCUUCACCGACGGGCUCUACGGCAUGUUUUUCGACGCGUUCAGCAGCCCGGACCUGCCUCUGCGCCGGCGGCGGCUGCUGCAGCUGUUCUCGCAGCUGCCGCAGCUUAACCAGAGCAUCAUUGUCUACCUGAUUGAGCACCUCAUCAAGGUGAACAAGGCCGAGGUGUUCAACAAGAUGUCCCUGCACAACCUGGCCACGGUGUUCGGUCCAACUCUGCUGCGGCCGGGUCCGCAGGCCGACUCUGCCGUCCAGCCGGACCUCCUGGCUGCCGGCACGGUGGACGUCAUGGCUCAGGCCGGCAUCCUCUACUUCUUCCUGCAGCGCCGCAGUAACGGCGAGCCCAUCCAAGUGGGGGUGGAUGGAGCAGACAGCUGACUGCAGCCGGAGCAGGACAGAGGGUGGGAGGGACGGGGAGAGGGUGGGAGCGCGCCAGGGACCAACACCGGCCGCCAGAGGGCCCGGCAAAUGUGAAACUGCGAGUGAAAACGGCCCGAGAGUAUUUUGAAUGGACGAGUGUGUGUGUGAUGAUGCCAAUUGAAGAAAAUGUCGCAAUUUGAGCUGAGGGUUGAACCAAGAGUCGAUUGGAGUACCGUAUCUGUUGCGCUGGUGUCUGUAGUGUAUAGAUGGCUCGUGUCGAGCGCUGCUCCGAUCACGCAAACAGCGGCCCAGCGAUCGACGUCACCUGGCGCUUCCUCUGCGGCUGGCCAGCCGGCUUCCCGAGUGUUUAUUUUCUACGUUUGUGUUUGCAAUGUGACUCUCCCGCUGGGAUUCGCUGGGGUCUGUCGAGGAGCUCCUGGGGCCCUGGUAGGGGGAGCACGGGCCGUGCGUCCCUCCGGGGGGAUUCUUGGCGUACUCCGUGCUGCCGGAGCUGGGUCUAAGACGGGACCACGCGGGCAGGGGUGGGCCAGCGAACAACGAGGGCGGACUGCCGCCGCCGGCCGGCCGGCCUGCUCGGUCGGAUUGGUUUAAGCGUUUAAACUAGUCACCGCUUGUGAUGGGGGUCACCAAGAUGUCGGCCCGCAUAAUGUGUAUCAAUUGCAUUUGUUACCCGUGUGCCAAGUGUAUACCGAUCAGUGUGUACUGUGCUCUGUGCGGUUCGUGAGUACAGUGUGAACUGUGUUCUACGUGGCUUGAGCUCAGAAAGCCCGAGAGGAGCCGUGUUGCGUCUCUCCUCGUUUUACAUACGAAUUGCGAUGAUGAAGAAUAGGUUGUGUAUUUCGAACAGGAUUCGUUUGAAAGUGCUUCUGUGCGCAUUGUUGUGCAUACGUUAGCCAUGCUACGGUUAUCCGCAAAUAAACCUUUGCAUGGCA